AUGACGAUGACUUUCACGUCGCGGAUGUUGGUAUACCUCGUAUGCUCUCUGUCAUACUACAAUCUGGCGCACGGUGCUUCAAGUUCGGGAACACCAUUUGCUGAUUCCCCGUUGCGGGACUUCCAAGUUCAGCAGCCCCCCGCAAUCCCUCACGACGCACAUGAGUGCUCCAUUACAUUGGUGCGACAUCUGUUUGGCAACAGUUAUGGACAACCCGCAACAGUUCCCUACAAUCCGCCGGUUGAGUGUGGUGAACCUGCCAGCUGGAGUGCCGUCGUGGCUAACAUUACAGCGACGUCUAACGGAACCCAAUAUGACCGCUUGGCACAUAUCUAUCUGCAUGGCGUGGAAGUCUGGAGGACAUCUACCCCGGAACCUACCGUCAAGGGCAUAAUAUGGACUGCCCUCAAAGAUGUCACUCGUUACACCGCGUUACUGGCUCAGCCUGGCAACCUGACCGUCGACCUCGGCAACCUACUUGAUCCGUCUUCGGGCCUCACAGGAGAGUAUGAUGUCACAUUAUCUAUCACUUUCUUUGGAUCAUCUUCGACAUUCUCAAAGCCCAAACCAGCAGACGUUAUAUUACCUAUAUCGACGGUUUCAGGCCAAGCUGCCUCCAUCCCCGAUGCUCUCAUCACGAGCUUGACCCUUCCGCGGAAUGGGGCGCAAGCCAUUGUGGAGAUAUACGCGACCGGAGACUCGAAUGAGGAGUUCUGGUACGGCAACGUACCCGAUCAAUUCUUCGGUCAGUUGCCCACAUGGAGCGCUCCGGACGGAUACGCGAACGGAAAAGGGCCAUUCAGAGAGGUCCAGCUCUUGAUUGACGGCAUCCUUGCGGGAGUUGUCUUGCCGUAUCCCGUAAUCUACACUGGAGAGUUUUUGCCCACCAUCUGGAGACCGAUGGUUUCUUAUGGUGCAUUCGACUCACCUACGUAUUACAUCGACGUAUCGCCCUUCUUGCCGCUCCUUUCGGAUGGUGUCGCUCAUAACUUCACCGUGAAUGUUGCCGGUAUGGGUACAGAUCACAGUAUCAACGUAGAUUGGAUAGUCUCAGGCAACAUCCAGCUGUAUCUCGACUCUUCUUCAAAACAAACCACGGGGGCUAUCACAAGUUACUUAGCUGCGCCGUAUGUUGACCCUACGGUCACUGGUACCGUCAGUGGCCCGGCCCCUAAUGUUAGCGUUACGACUGCUGCGAGUCGCACGUUGAGCAUCGAGGGAUACGUAAAGACGGGGAGUGGGAAGACUACCACGGUGAAAUGGGAGCAACUGCUGAAGUACUCCAACUCGGAAAUUUACACAGUAACGACGAAUAACAUUAGCGCGCAGCUCUACGACUAUGGCGUGCAUCUCAACCAUUCGUACAGUCGGUCUCUAGCAGUUCCGACUAUCACCGCCAACAUAAUCAAUACCACACAGAUCUGUGACGGCUACCAGUACCAGCACGAAUUGGGAGUUCGCGUUCGUACAGGGAAGAUCAUAGAAGAAUACAGUUUCAAGGAUCAAGACGGGCGUACAUACGAACGCAACGUCGGGACUUACAAUGUCGCAAAUACGACAUCCAUGGGCACGGUUAGCGAGGCUUGGCUGCUGUAUAACAGCGAAGGCGGUUCGUUGACUGGCAUAGGGUCACAUGCUAGUUGA